CUGCCUGGCUGCAGCAAGCACAGGCAGCCACCUACACCAUCCCUUGGGAUCUCAUCAGGACGAGAGGGGUGCAGCCUCCGGAUUUGGUAACUCGUGGCGAUACAAUUGUGUUCAAGUGGACGGACCUGGCAUGGCAUGAUCUGUGGAUAAUGGACGAUGAGAAAGCGUUCAAGAGCUGCGACUUCACUCGGGCAAAGCGCCUCCGACCCCUUGUUGUUGGCGGGCAGUACACGUACAAGGUCACUGCCAUCUGGGAGACUUUUCCACUCUAUUUCGCCUCGAGUGGCAUCCUGCAGUGCCGCUACUACAAGUCCUCACCGAAAUCGGCCUCCAUUUUUGAACGAAGCUCGAAUCUAAGAAUACGAAACCCGGCAGCAGCUUUAGGAGAGCGACUGGAAAAGCGGAACCAGGGAUUCAGGAGGCGCAUCGUGCGAGUGAAGGCGGAGGAUGGCUCUUCAACUGCCAAAGGCGGUUCGGAAUCCGAUAGUGAAGUUGUAAAUUCGGUGAAAUCCGGAAAAUCCGGCGUGGUUGGCGAGAGCAGCGUUCCUGUGCAAGCACAACAAGAGAAAGAUAAGGAUAUUGAUGAGGAGGAGGAGAGAGAAAAGGAGCGGCGGAGACAGCAAGCACUGCGGCAAGCGGCGAGACGGGCGGGGACGCCGCCAACCAGCGCAAGCGGCGCUGGCGGCGGCAGUGGCGGCGCGGAGGGCGGGAAGGAGGACGACGGGGCGGUGAAGGGGGGGUUGCUGAUGGGGCUGGCGGAGGCAAUCGAGGACGCGUUUGGAGCUACCAGCGAUGGGCGGGGCGGCGUUGACAAGCUGGAUAUUGCCAAGCUCCGCACCUGCUUCUCCUACACCGACUUCUGGCCCACAGACUCCCGCCCCUACGGCUCAGGCGUACUGUUCACAGGCAACCUGCGCGCUGCUGACGUGGCGGACGCACGGGAGAGGCUGGAGACAAAACUGGCCGAGGGUGCUGGUUGCCCCGUGGCGGUUUUCUUUCUCAAGGACGAGCGGCGAGAGAAGGAGGUGUGCAUAGUGCAGCCAGUAUCCUCCAUCAAUCGUCGUCUCGCCCUCACCACUCUCACCGGCCUCUCCCGCUGGCCGCUCAUGCUGCUCUCCCUGCUGGGCUGCCUCGCCACCACUGCCACUGUCUCUGGAGUCAACCUCGACCCCUAUAAAGUUGGGCUGGGGGAGUCAGCGCACCACGCCCUUCCCCUCACCCUCGGCCUUGCCACAGUCAUCGGUGUGGGAGAGAUCUUCCAACGUAUUAUGGCGGGUCGAUACGGGGUAAAGCUCUCCCCGCCCUACCUCCUCCCUGGCCCCCUGGGCUGCCACGGCACUGCCACUCGCUUCGAGUCUCUACUACCCUCCUCCCGGGCACUGUUCGACAUGUGUGCAGCCAAGGCUGUGGGUUCAUUCAUGACAUCGUUCGUUCUUGCGUGUGUGGCGCUGGCAGCUGAUGGGGGUGUUGAUGGGGGGAUCGACCCCAUGUACAUCGAGCCGUCUUUCUUCGCACCCAACCUGAUGCUUUCCUUCAUUCAGAACAUCAUCGGCCCAUACUCCGACGACCUGGGCAACGUCAUGCCAAACGCCGUGGAAGGGCUGGGCGUGCCCGUCAACCCACUAGCAUUUGCAGGGCUGCUGGGGUUCGUCAUCACGGCGCUGAAUUUGUUGCCAGCUGGACAACUGGAUGGGGGGCACAUGGUGCAGGCAUAUGAAGAGGACAGGUUUGCUGGGAGGUGGAGAGGGGCCAUGGGUGGUGGCACAUGGUGUACGUACCUUGUUGCUCUGCCAUCCCCUGUAUACCUCCCACCCAACACCCACUCUCAUCAUAAUGAUAGCUCUCCUAGGACCCUUUGUGGUCUGAAGAAGGCUGACACGCCGAAACCGGCGCAAGGCCAAGAUUACGACCUCAUCACUCUAGCGCUAGUAGCCCUGGGAGGCUUCUCCGGCAGUGUGCUGUGCCAUUCCUGGGCCUUCAUCAUCCUCGCCUUCCCUGCUUCCCUUUGCCUUCUGUCACCAUGCCCUCCUAUGCAGGCCCUAUUCGGUCGGCGCAAGGCCAAGAUCACCACACUUAUCACUCUGGCCCUGCUGGCACUUGGUGGUUUCUCCGGCAGUGUGCUGUGCCUCUUCUGGGCCUUCAUCAUCCUCGCCUUCCGCAACAGCGAGGAGCUACCGUCGCUCGACGAGAUCUCGCCACUUGGCAGAGGGCGAUUCGUGCUCGCGUGGAUGCUGCUCAAUGGCAGUCUGCUGCUGCUGCUCCCUAAAAGUGGCGGCACGUUCCCUUCGUUCCUACCCACGGAUUUCUAG